AUGGCCGACGUCAAGCGCAAUCCAGUCAAGGUCGGCGCUGGACAGGCGCCAGAUGCCAUCGACAGUCUGACCGCUGCAAUUGGCGCUCGUGUCAAGGUCACGACAGUUGCGCCUCACUCGCAGACUCUCCAGGGCACUCUCUUUACCGCAUGUCCUAUGCUCAAUGUCGUCGCCAUCAACACCGCUCCUGCUCCUCCGAACCCCUCAUCUACUCUCUCCAACCAGCCCGGCGACUACCACAUCAUCCCCAUCCAGCACAUCUCGUCCUUCGACAUCGUCUCGCUAGACCCGAACGCCGCCAAACAGACUAUCAGCACCGUUCAGCCUCCCAUCGCUGCCGUGGACAUUAAGAAGUUGCGCGACCGCGAAGAGGCCAAGAUCCGCCAGCUGCGCGAUCAGGAAGCCAACAAGGGCAAGGGUGUCAGCCGUGAGGCUCAGCAAAUCUACGAUGCCUUGAGAAGAAUGCUCCCAACCCGCUGGCACGGACAGGAGAUUGUCGUCAGUGACUCCGUGAUUAUCAGUCCGCCGUACACUGUAAACGACUGCAAGGCUCCCAAGGGCAAAGACCAAGCUCUCGACAGAAUCAGAAUGAUCUUGGAUGGUGAGAGGAGAAAGAUCGCCCAGCGCGCUGCCCAGGGAGGUACUCCUCCCGCCGGUGCCCCUAGAAAGGGAGGUUGA